AUGGCAGCUAUCUAUCAUCUUCAUCAACAUUAUCUUCUUAGAGAUACAUUAUCAGGACAAGUAAACUAUAGUUAUACAGCGUCACCUAGGGUAUCAUCAGGUUCAAAUGCACUAUUUAUCAAUAUGCUUGUAUACAAUCCUGCAGACUGCCCAAUGAACCAAAGUCCGACAGGCAAGCCCGAAAAGGUUGUUUCAUUCUUGCCAGGCCAAUGUUACAACUAUCCCAACCACACAAGCGUUGCAAUGUACAUUGUAAACAGUCUAUUGUUUAGUUACAACGAGUAUGCUAGUUGGAACUGUCUCAACCUCGUCACUACCUUUCAAUUCACAUACAACCCUGGUCCUCCUCAACUACCCAUCACCAAUUCACCUCCCUACCUCUACUAUGAAAACAUUCCUUCUACUUUUUCAAAUGGUGAUCCAACAUGCGGUUCUAUUUUGAAUGAUAAUGGAUCGUUUGGAGUAUCGAGAACGGUGGUGUUACCAAAUACAUGUACAUUUGGUGAUACGGAAUACACCAGCUUGUUGUCUGGUGAUGGCACAUUGUCGUCGAUUCAAUUGGCCUACAAUGCAUCACAGUGUAUGAUGAGUAAAUCAACGACGUGGACUGUAGCAUGUCCGGUCGACACACCCGAGCCCGUCAAGAUUUUGAGCGCAUUCAAGGGUAAUGCGACUGUCCCUCUACCUGUCCCUGCCAUCCCCAAUGUCAUUGUCCUAGGGUACGAUGCUAUUCGACUCCAAUUUAUCGACUUUGUAUUCCCAUACCAACAACAAUCAACCCAAUACAUAGCAGUGGCCAUGCAAGACAUCAACGGUACAUUUUUCAACACAAACUAUGUGUACAAGCUCGAUCAAAAUGUCACCAUCACAGGACUCAAUGCAAACUUUACUGGACGUUGUCUCAUCAGUGCUCAUGGAAGUGACCAUGUCAACGGAUUAAUAGGUCCUUCUACAAACACUGCCAAUUUUAAUAUUCCUGCCUAUCCAAAGAUUGCAACUAUAAAGAGAAGUGUGACAACUACAACGAUGAAUUUAACGUAUACUACAGUUGGUGGAUUCGAUAAUUUGAAUGUAUAUCAAAUUGUGACAUCGAUCACACCGUCUACGACAACCACACAUUAUCAAUGCAACUAUACAACAACAUGUGUUAUUGGUGGGUUUCCACCUGGUUCGAUUGUCAGUCUUACCGUUGGAGUGACUAAUUUCGGAAAGACUAAUUUAUUUGGUCCGUAUCCCGUCGAAUUGUUGCUGCCCAUUGCCAACCUAACAAUGACAGGUCAAGCAGUGUCUGGAGGCAUUUCGUAUCAUUACACGGUUGCUGGUAUGGGGUCUGGACCAACCACCUAUUCACUUAACGUGCACAACCACCUACUACUUAACACAACCACCUACACCGCCUUGCCAUUCACCAAUUCUAUCACAGUUCGACUAUACCAACCUGGCAACUACACAAUCUUGGGGUUUGCUGAAAACGAUGGAACUCGUUUAGAAGUAGGUCCAACCACUAUUUAUUAUCAAGGAGAUUUAAAGAUUGAAAAAGUUAUUUUUGUAAAAGUUGGUAUUGAUAUAUUUAUUGGAUCAAUCUUUGCGAGCAAUGUUCAUAAUAUGUCAAAUGUUAAAGUAAUGAUUCAACCUUUUAACGAAUGGAUAUCCCCUAGCUUUUCGAUUCAACCUUUACAACCAGCCACCCAAUACAAUUGGACGGUACAGAUUUUCGAAGACUUGCGAAUCUCUAACACCAUGCCAUUCAGUUUUACCACAUAUCCACUAGUCUCUUUGCUGUCGCCAAGGGCUACCCAACGAAAAGAUUCCUAUGGUACUGCCACUUUACAAAUCGAAGCCUUUUCAGAGGGUGGUAUACCAAACUCGUCAUUUUACUUUUUCACCACAGAAUUCCCUUAUUCUUCUUCCAUAAACAAAAACAACACGAUCAUUGGAUAUAAUCUAACUUAUCCAAGUGGUCCAUACCAAGUUCCAAUCAAGGUUGUAAAUGAUGUUUCAAUUGACACUCGAGUAUAUAAUUUUAAACUUUAUAAUUUUCCAUUAAUUGAUAAUGUAAUUGUUAAUAGCGAUUAUGAAACCAUUGAUUUGAAAUGGAGUGGUAGUGGUGGUAUGCCUGGUAACAUACUAUAUACAGUUACAGUAUUUAAUCCUAAUCAAGGAGGAGGAGGAGGAGCAAGUGGUGUACAAUGGUGUAGGAGUCCUAACAUAACAGAAUGUCUUGUUACUGGUUUGACAUCAAAUACUUUUUACGGAUUCAACAUUACAAUGUAUUCAACUCAAUUUGAUCCAUUCACAUUUACAUUAUUUAAUUCAACUUUAACAUAUCCAAAUAGUUUAACUUGUAUUGAUAUGAAUGGAGUAAAUAAUACAAUUGAUUGUAAUGGAUUUGGUCAAUGUUUGAAUGGCACAUGCUUAUGUGAUAAAAAUAGAAUUGGUAUUUAUUGCCAAAAUCAAACAACUGAUCAAGGUGGAAACAGUGGUAAUGGAACCAAUGUAGAUCCAAACCCAUCAAAACCAGAGAUUAUAAUCAACAACAAAAACAUAUUUUAUGAAUUUGUUAUUUCACAAAUCAGAGAGGUUGAUAUUGGCGACAACGUAGUAAAGAUGGUGGAUUUGACAACACUCAACUGGACACUUUCCAACCAAACAUCAAUCUACAACACUUCAUUUAUUCAAAGUAAUUGGAUUUAUAUGACCUCGAAUAAUAGUUAUUUCAAUUCAGUCAAUAUUACAUUUUUACAAUUUAAAUCAACAUCAGACAGCCAAUCACAGUCAAAGAUACCAUUGACAUUUGCAGGUCAAUUAUUUUAUUUAGAUGUUGGUUCGAUGAAAUAUACAAUUGAUAUUGAUGGUUGGGAAUUUGAUAUCACCAAUUCAACAGAGUUUACAUCAGUCUAUGUUGGAGAGGAUCAAUUUGUAGUUGGUAAAUUAAUUAAUCGUGCAUUAUUGGAUGAACUACCAAGAAAGAUUUCAUAUAAAGUACAACUUUCAACAGAUAAUAAUAAUAACAAUAAUUCAACCACACCAAAACAAAUACUCAGUAUCAUUACACUCAUCCCCAACUUUAAUUACAAAGCAACACUCGACCCACAAUUUGACCUUUUAAUCAAUUCAGAUCCAGAGGGUGACUGCUCACCCAAAUCCAAUACGUGGAAGAUCAUUGUAGGUGUUGUUAUUGGUGGCGUGGUUGCAAUUGCAAUCGCAACAACUUCUAUCAUAUUAUUCAAAAAGAAAUCAGAUAGGGAUAGGAUGAUAAUAAGUUCAAGAUUUAGUCAUUAUACAGUGAUAGUUGCAAUUAUACAGAUAGUAUUUAUUAUUCUAUGUAGUUUUAACAGUGUGGUAAUGGCAGCAGGCCCAUUAGUAGAGACACCAAAGAUACUACUUUCAAAUUACACGUUUGCAAAUCUAAAGGUUUAUUCAUCGAGUGGAUGUGCACUUAGUCAAGUCCCCACUGAUAAGCCCGAAAAAGUAGUCUCUUUUAUGCCCAAUUAUUGCUACCCAUACGACCAAAACAGCUUGAGAAUCUCUUUGAUUAGUCCCACCGCUCUCUCUCACGGCUUGCACGCUCUUGACACAACGUGUCAGUCACCAGCAGGCCCUUUCAUCAUGUUCAACCCAACUCAGGUCACUUGCUCCACCAGAUCCACCAAUGCACCAAACUUAAAUUCAUGUAAUGCAGAUUUACCAAAUGUUUAUGUUAAUUCAAGAAAUAUAGUUAGAACUAAUAUUUGUGCAGCGGAUGACUAUUCAUUGUAUGCUGGGUUUAUGACGGGUAGUGGUACUGCCACAUCUGCUCAGUUGAGCAUGACUGGUACCGACCAAUGUACAUCCACGGUAUUCACAAACUAUCCAUCUGGAUGUCCAGGCUUUUACGAUGGAUACAGAAUAUCAAGAGCUUUUAGAGCCGGUGGUCCAGUCCCCAAGAUACCAAUUGUCACUCCAGUCACCUACGACACGAUCAAUAUCACCAACAUUGAUUUUGGAUACCAAACCAAAUCAACCGACUAUGUUCAAUUUGAAUUUUACGUUGCAAUCAAUGGGAGUACAUACACUCACAAUCCAACCUAUGUCUACCAAAUCCGAGACACUGUCGUAUUGACAGGUGUACCCAACAACCUACAAUUUAAACUUACCAUCAAAUGGAUGGGGUAUGAUUAUAUCAACAAUAUUGCUCCUACUCCAAUCCAAUCUGAUUUCUAUACAAUCCCUGUUUAUCCAACAAUAUCUAGUGUAAAUGUUGUUAGCAAGACUACAUCUACUAUAACUAUUUCAUACUCUUCGAUUGGAGGGUAUACAGAUACAACUGGAAAUACCUAUACUGUCACCUCAACAUCGCCAUCGACUGCGAUGGCUAGUUAUCCAGAAUGUGCAACCACUACAACUUGUGUGUUGAAAACAAACAACCCAGGCUCUACAAUAACUUAUUCAGUGUUGGUUAACAGCCGUGGCUACAGCUCACCAGCCAACGCGGCUACCGUCAACCUCUUGCCUCAAAUUAAUUUUAUAUCUGGAAAAGCUUUGAUCGUCCAAAAUGGUGUCAAUAUUACCUAUCGCGUUGGAACCGGUGGCUAUGGUCCAACUACAUUCAACGUAACCAUCACUAAUAAUCAAACCUCGGCAGUAGUGAGCACCUUUACAAACCUCCCAUCGUCACCAGGGUACCUUAUAUUGCCUUUGGUUGCGAUUGGAACUUAUCGAGUAGAUUUUGUAGCAAUGAACGAUGUUAUCUAUUUAACUACUCUAAUUUAUUUUGAUUGGCUUGGAGCUAUUACAAUUAGUAGUUGUGUAGUAGAAGCGAUUAAAACAAAAACUGCUACUUUAGCAAUCGAGGCAAUUGGAAUAUAUCCUACAGAGGGAUACCAAGUCAAUGUAUAUCCAAGUCUCGAAUCGACACUUUUCGACACCUAUACUACAUUGACCAGUAUCAUCACACUUCCCAACCCACCAGGUUCAAUUCAAAACAUCAAAGUACAAAUCGUUCAAGGUGAUCGUCGAUCAGCAUUUUCUACACUGCAAUUCCAGUCCUAUGUCACUAUUUCCAAUUUGAGAUUUGCUCCUAUUCAGAGAAGGAAUGAAUCAGAUCAAUCUCAAUCAAUCCUAUACAUUUCAGUUCAAACUGAUGAUGGUGUCCCAAACGAUACAAAAUACUAUGUUCAAUACAGUGGUUUUGGUAACAUUAUGACAAAUAUCAACAUCAAUUACAUCGUAAUUGAUAAUGUUGUCAUUUCACCAAAUCCAUCGAUUUUAAAUAUUACAAUUGAAAAUGAUGGAACUAUACUUUCAUCAAUUAGAAACAUAACAAUUUAUGAGUAUCCAUUAAUUAAUGAAUUAAACAUUCAACAAGGAUAUGAAAAUUUAUAUGUGACUUGGAAUUCAAGUGGAGGUAUGCCUGGAUCUAUCCAAUUCCAAGUAUCUUUGGAUAAUGCAGAUGAACAACAAUCUGUUGUUUGUGUAACCAAUAAUUCAUAUUGUAAUAUAACUGGUCUCAUCCCAGACUCUAGUUAUACAGUUAGAUUAACAAUGAAAUCUGUUCAAUUUGAUGAUAUUUUUAAAAUUAAUCAAACUCAAACUUUAAAGUAUACUGAAAAUGAAACAUGUAUUGAUCCAAAAGGAGUAAAUUUAAAUGUAUUUUGUAAUGGAUUUGGUCAAUGCUUGAAUGGAACAUGUUUAUGUGUUGGUAAUAGAGUUGGUAUUUAUUGUGAAACGGAAAAGAAUCCUGGAGGUGGUGGAAAUAAUGGUACCAAUAAUGGUGGCAACAUUGAACCAAAUCCAACCAACCCUUAUAUAAUUAUUGUAGAACAAGAUGUAUCGUAUCAAUUUACAUUUUGGCAAAUUAGAGAGGUUGAUUUGGACGACCAAAUUGUAAAGACUUUGGAUUUGACAGCCAUGAAUUGGACUCUUGACAACCAGACCAAUCAAGAUACACCAGUAUCACCAUCAAUCAUAUUGAAUCAAUGGAAAUACAAUAAUAAUAAUAGUUUGGAGUAUUUCGAUAAGAUGGGUAUCACAUUUACUCAAUACCAACAAAGACCUGGCUCGACAACCAACAACACGACUGACCAACCAAAAAUACCAGUGUUGUUUGCAAACCAAACCUUUUAUAUUGAUGUUGGAUCACUCAAAUAUACAGUCAAUAUUGAAGGAUGGAAUUUCAACAGUCGAUUAAAUACUCUUCAAAUCCUGACCAACAUUACUCAACCUAAAAGUGACAGUGGAUGUGGUGAUGACGAGUCACUAGAAAACACAGUCACAAAUUCAGCCGAAUAUACUUCAUUCUAUCUUGGAAAAAAGUCAGCAGUAUUGGGUAAAUUCAUCAAUCGUGCAUUAUUGGAUGAAAUACCAAGACGUAUUAAAUUUGCCAUUGAAAAUAGCAAUAACACCCAAAGUGACAAUAGGAAUACACAAACAUUGACAUUCGUAACUUUAGUUCCUUAUUUUCAAUAUUCAGCCACUCUCGAUCCUGAUCUCCAACUUUUGAUCAGUCCCACCCAAGAUGAACAUUGUAACUCAAAUUCCAAUACAUGGAGGAUCGCAGUUGGCGUGGUUGUUGGUGGUGUUGCAGCCGCUGCCAUUGUCACAACAUCUAUUGUGUUGUACAAAAAGAAACUGAUUGCUAAAAAUUUAAACAAAAAAUUUGCAAACAAAUUAAAGGUGUUUAAUGAAAAUGAAUAA